GCUUGGCAGCCUGCGCCUGCGCAGGCAGGUGGGGCAAGAUGGCUGCCGAGCAAGGCGUGCGGGUUGUUGGGACCCCACCCGGACUCUUGUUAGGAAGAGGGAUGCGGGCCUUCUUGCUGCUGUUGUGGUUUGCAGCCCGCGGAGGCGCGCUCUAUUUCCACAUUGGGGAGACCGAGAAGAAGUGCUUUAUUGAGGAAAUUCCGGACGAGACCAUGGUCAUCGGAAAUUACCGGACACAGCUGUAUGACAAACAGCGGGAGGAGUACCAGCCAACCACCCCUGGGCUUGGCAUGUUCGUGGAGGUAAAAGACCCCGAGGACAAGGUCAUCCUGGCCCGGCAGUAUGGCUCUGAGGGAAGAUUCACCUUCACCUCCCAUACCCCUGGUGAGCACCAGAUCUGUCUUCACUCAAAUUCUACCAAGUUCUCCCUCUUUGCUGGAGGCAUGCUGAGAGUUCACCUUGACAUCCAAGUAGGUGAACAUGCGAACGACUAUGCAGAAAUUGCUGCCAAAGACAAGCUGAGCGAGCUGCAGCUGAGAGUACGGCAGCUGGUGGAGCAGGUGGAGCAGAUCCAAAAGGAGCAGAAUUACCAGCGGUGGCGUGAGGAGCGCUUCCGACAAACCAGUGAGAGCACCAACCAGCGAGUGUUGUGGUGGUCCAUCCUGCAAACGCUCAUCCUCGUGGCCAUUGGUGUCUGGCAGAUGCGGCACCUCAAGAGUUUUUUUGAAGCCAAGAAGUUGGUGUAGCUGUCCCAAGCCUCACAGGCAAUUUUCUUCCAGUCUGUGGGAAAAGGACCUCCUGGAGCUGGUUCCUCUCUGGGAGGAGGACUGGUUUUCAGCCAUAGAUGUUCUGAAGGGGAGAGGGACUGCAAGCAUGCCCUCACUCCUCAGGCUCAAGCUGAGGGCAGCAACUUGGCUAACUAAUGCUGAGCGGGGGUGGGACAAGCCCUUCCCACCUCCACCUCUGGACCUUUUACAGUAAUCACUCGGGGGCUGGUGAUGCCCUUGGUGUCUUAGAUUCCCAGUGUUACUGAUCAGGGAUGUGGGCUGCUGUCUGGGGUAGGUUUUGGGAGGGAAGUGGGUAGGCCAGCAAGCUGGUUUUCUUUCUGUCUUCCUUUUGUUAACACGGGAUUUUAAGCAGGUCAGGGUAUAUCAGUGACUCCUUGUUAUUCCAGGAACCUUGCUUUUCUUGCCUUUGGCUUAGAACCAGCCUACUGAUCUAGGUGUAUGUGUGUCAAUUUAAGGGUGGGGUGGAGGGGUUGCAGUGCAGGAAAGGGGCCCAGAGGUUGGCUUGGGUUUCUUAUAGUUGUCCUUUCUGGGGCUUGAGCAACUGGUAUCAGGCAAAGCAGAGACCUUGGUGCUGGUUGGAGACAGAGCCUGCAGUCUUAGUUACUGAGUUUAUUUUCAAUGAGUUUGGGUUUGUUACAUUGGUUUCCCAAUUAAAAAAAAAAAAAAGAAAGAAAGAAAGACUUGUCCUGUGUGUACAGUUAAGUCUCAGCAGGUAUGACAAUACAUGGCGGGUUGGGGAU